UCAGUUGCGCUUGAACUCUGACAUCCUUUGCUCACAAUGACCGACUGGCGCAAACGUGGCCAGGACAAGGCCCAGUCCGUCUUGGACCUCAUCCCUCCCGAGUGGCGGCUCACCAGCUUGCCUGCGAUCGAGCAACAGCGAGACAUCACCGGCGCGUACAUGCGGCAAUUUUUGAACGAGCACGAGGCGCGAAUCACCGAGAGCGAUGCCAUCGACAUCGUGAAGAAGUGCGCCAAUGGGACCUGGAGCAGUGUGGAAGUCACCAAGGCCUUCUGUCACCGAGCUGCCAUCGCACACCAACUGCUCAACUGUCUCCAUGAAAUCUUCUUUGAUGCCGCCAUCGCGCAAGCAGAAGCGCUGGAUGCGUACUAUGCCACACACAAGAAACCGGUAGGUGUGCUGCAUGGCCUCCCCGUCUCGCUGAAAGACCAGUUCCAUGUCCGCGAUGUCGAGACGAGUAUGGGAUAUAUCGGCUGGCUCGGCACGUUCCAAGGCCAAAAAGGCACCGGCAAAGGGAAGAAGUUUGAAUCGGAAAUGGUCAAGGAGUUGCGAUCACUCGGUGCAGUCUUGUAUGUGAAAACCAGUGUUCCGCAUACGUUGAUGUGCGGUGAAACUAUCAAUAACAUCAUCGGCUACACAUACAAUGCAAAGAAUCGCUUGUUAUCAGCGGGCGGAUCUAGCGGUGGCGAAGGUGCUCUGAUUGGAGCUCGAGGGAGCGUCGUUGGGUUCGGGACAGACAUUGGCGGCUCUAUCAGACUGCCCAGUGCUUUCAAUGGCCUGUAUGGUCUUCGGCCCAGUACCGGACGAUUGCCAUAUGAAGGCAUGGCCAACAGUAUGGAUGGUCAGAACUCGGUUCUGAGUGUAGUGGGCCCUCUCUCGACCAGUGUCGAUGGGCUGAAGCUCGUCACACAGGCGAUCUUGAGCACCAAGCCAUGGCUACACGACCCUUUGACACACGAGAUUCCCUGGAGAAGCGACGCAGAGCUCGCAGUGUCUGAUCCCGUACGACGACUGAGCAACACACUCACUUUUGCCGUGAUCCGUCAUGAUGGAGAAUGUGCUCCCAUGCCACCUGUCGUCCGAGCUGUGAAUAUGGCUGUCGAGGCCAUGACAGGAGCUGGACAUCAGGUCAUUGACUGGCAACCGACGCCAACACACAAGGACGUUGUUGAUAUUGGGGUCACUUGUUGGGGUUUUGAUGGUGGCCAAGACUGUACCAAAGACUUUGAGCUAUCCGGCGAAGAGGCAGCUCCGCAAACUUUGGUCACGCGAGCGCCUCAAGCGAGCGCUACGGACAUCAUGACGGCAAACGUCACUAAAAGAGACCUUCAGAAGCAAUACAUGGAAUAUUGGAAUAGUACCGCAGGGCUCACAGAUACUGGACGACCCGUGGACUGCAUCAUUGCGCCUGUUGCGCCAUUCCCGGCUCCACGGCCAAGCCUCUUCACAUAUUACGGAUACACGGUUUGGGUCAACGUCUUAGACUACACGAGCGUCGUGAUUCCUGUCACGAACGUCGACAAGAGUAUUGAUACCAAGGCCGAGAACUUCCAGGCAGUCAAUGACAUGGAUCAGAAGACUCAGGAUGCGUACGAUCCCGAGAUUUACGAUGGGGCUCAUGUGUCCAUUCAGCUCGUGGGAAGGAGGCUGGAAGAGGAAAAGAUGCUAGCCAUUGCAAAGUAUGUGGCCGAGACAAUCCAUGGAAAAGCACCUCGAUGAGCUAGCCCUAGCCGGGCACCCUCAUCCUCAACGAGAGUGAAGAUAUACGUACCCAC